GGCUUCUAUUCUUGUAAAGGAGACCAUAACAGCCCUUGCCUGGUCUACGUCAGUUUCAACCAGAAGAUCUACAUCUAUUGGGACGUGCAGUUAGAAAGGAUGGAGUCCACCAAUUUGCUGAAGACGCUCGAGAAUAAUUCUGAAUGCGGAGAACUCCUGCUUCGGCUGGAUAUAGCCAAAGAUGACGUUUCAGCCGUCAAGGAUCUGAUUCACAAGACCUUAUACUUCCCCAAGAAAGCUGUUAAGUAGUCUCGGCGCGGAAGAAACUCCAUCACCAGCACUCUUGAUAUGCUUCGCCGGGCUCCUUAAGACUCCGAUGUCCUGUGUUCCAGUCCUGCCAGGGCGUAAUCAGGAACGAGCAACUUGCAACGGAAGUUUUACGAGCCCUGGUGGCGCAGUGGUUAGAAUACAGUAUUGCAGACUGGCUCUGCCCACUGCCAGCAGUUCGAUGCUGACC